AAGUUGAUCAGGUUCCAGAAAUAACCUGCCCCCUCCACUGGCUGUUGUGUUGUGCUUCGCUUUAACCAGAGUUCUUAGUUCCAGUUCCCUUCACCCUUUGAACGGAUUUGCUCGCAGCACAAGGCCCUGUGUGUUCUCAGGGAUUUCACUUGGUGUUCUCCAGUCUGUUUUCCUGGCACUCGUUGCAGGCUCUGGGUACUGUCAGCAGGAGGGAAAGGUCAGCCCUUGGCACGUGCCGCGCUGUGCCGCUCUGCGGGCACCUCAGGGGACUCGGUGCCACGAGGCCCCUCAGGGUGACCAGAAAAAGGCAGAGGCACAGCCCAGGAGGAGCUGAUUUGGUAUUUUGGUGCCCAAGGCUUUUCCUGGAAUUUUGAUUCUAAGCUUACAAGUGAUUUCAAGACUCUCUCAGCCUUUAUGAACUGUAAUGUCACCCUGCCCAGCAUAUUUGAUUUUGCAUGCCAUUUCUGUUAUAUCAAAUUGCCUAUUAAGUAGUGUCUGCUUACAGAGGUUAUUUUAACAAACAAGAACACUUCCAUAAGGUUUGUGCUGGGGGAAGAGAACAGGAAUAUAGAUACAUAACUUUUAAAAAUUAACUAUUUCAAACAGAAUAUUUUUCUAAACAGAAAUGGCUUGAGACUACCUUACUAAUUAAAGUAAUUGAGGUUUGCCAUACUUUUACAGGAGAUUAUUACAACUGAAAUAACAUUUCAAUUUUAAAAGUGUAUGUGAAACUUCUCCAAAACUGUACCAUCAUUUCUGAUGAAAAUGCUUAGCUUGAAAUUCAUUUUAUGUGUUUGCUCAGUCAUUAGCAUCGUUUGAUAUUCUAAAGUCAGUUUUGUCUUUUCCAAAUUUUUCUGCACUAAGGACUGAAUAGUAGAACUCACAUUUUGGCCUUGCACUGGAAAAAACCUUACUGUUUCAUUUCUACAGGCAUUCAACAACUUCUUGAAAGAUAAUAAAUUUCUUUCUUCUAUUUUAUUUAUACGCCUGCAUUCUCAUUCUGUCAGAGUAUGGCUUUCUGUAUGUGGCGCUUUUUAAAUAAAAUUUUGUUUCAAUUCUGGCUAAUUCCUGAAAUUUUCUGGUCUAUUUGUGUUUUAGAACUAUGAGGUGAGUAAUCUAAAAUGAGAGGGCUGAAGGUGAAAAAAUCCCCGGAGUGAGUAGCUUAGUAUUUUUUUGAAAUGCAUAUCCUAAAAUGCACAUUCACAGCUUCUGUGGUCUUUUUUGCUUCUUAACAGCUCAGCUUUUCUGCAAACCUGGCUUUAACUAGCAGGCAGAUUUCACAGUUUGCUGUGGGGCAUCCAUCCUGUGGAAAGAUUUUCAUGGGCUGAGAGCUGUGUUCAGGUUUGCUGCAGUCAGCGUGGGUUGCUGUGGGUGGAUGCAGCCCGGGGCAGGGAGGCUCUGGGGGCUGGGAGGAAUGGAGGAAGUGCGGAAGAGAAAGCAGCUACAGCUGGAGGAGCAGAACUGAAGGGCCAGCAGGAAAGAAGAAUUUUUAGAAAGGGGAAGGGACAGGGAAGUGGAGGGGCAGAGGUGGAGGAAUGUGAUGUGAACAAAUGAGUGCUGAGGGCUCUGAUGGAUCCCUGCCCACCGAUGGGCAUCAGCCCCGUUCAGCCACAGCAGUGAAGCACAAGUGCCAGCCAGGGGUUUGCUUCAAAGACAAAGCAGAAAAAUUGUAACCACCAUUUCCUGCAGCAUUGCUGAUCUGUCUCCUGUGGUCUGUACUUGCAUUUCUAUUUCCAAUAAAUGUCAAAUAUAGUAAACAUGAGCACCCACUGUGUGAUAACUGGAGCAUUUCCAAUCUCCCUGACAGAGCACUGGGUCAAAGGGAAAGUCAGCAACCGGUUGAGGUUCACUUUUAUGGAAGAACUGAAGAGUGCUGAUAAGGAGCUUGUGUGGAAGCAUGUCAUCUCUUCAACCUACCUGGACCUACUUGGUCUCACUUUUUUGGCCUCCCUGGACCCCUCCAGUGCCAAGACUUUAGCCUCCUUGGAACUCUUUAAAAUCCCCUUUUCAGAUUCAUUGGAUUUAUCCAGUCUGAGCUCUUCAUCCUCGGUAGAAUUCUCCAGUCUCACUUCUUCAUCCUCUCUGGACCUCUCGAGUCUCACAUCUUCAUUCUCCUCAGACUUCUCCAGCACCUCCUCUUCAAUUUCCUUAGAGCUCUCCAGUCUCACCUCUUCAGAUUCCUGGGAGCGCUCCAGUUUCUCCUCUUCAGUUUCCCUGGACCUAUCGAGUCUCACUUCAUCAGGCUCUCUGGAUCAGUCUGGCGACAGUUCUUCAAUCUCUUUAGAUCUCUCAAGUGUCACCUCUCUAUCCACAGAUUUCUCCAGCCCUACUUCUUCACUCUCUCUAGACCUCUCCAGUCUCACUUCUUCGUCCUCCACAGAUGUUUCCAGUCACACCUCCUCAGCUUCCCUGGACUUUUCCUGCACAAUCCCUCCAUCCUCGCCAGGUGUGUCUGAGUACAGCUCCUCCACCUCAUCGGAAUCUCUAGACCUCACCGAUUUUAACUAUUUCGUGUUUCAGCGCUCCUCUGGAUUAUCUUCAUCGACUCCCGAGGAUGUUUCCAACCUCAUCUCUACACCUUUUCUGGAUGUCUCCAACCUCACCUUUCAGGAUGCUUCUUCCCUCAGUCCCUCAGUUUCUUUGGACAUGUCUAACCUCACGUCCUCAGUUCCCCCAGACCUGUCCACGCUCACAUUUCUGGAUGUUGCGAAUCGCGCUGCAGCAGCUUCUCUGGAUCUCUGCAUCUAACCCUGCUAACCCACCCCCUUCUCUCUGCAACCUCUCUCUGUCCUUCGCAACCUCUCUCCUUUAUCUGCUCUCCCCUUUCUUCUCUCGCUGAAAAUUCCUACCUGAGGAAAGUUUAGGGCUUUCCAAAAUGUCUCCUGGCAUCUAAACUGGGCAUGAAAGCAGGUCCUACAAAUCUGUAACGGUGCCUUGGAACAGCUGCAUAAACAUUGAUAUUUAUCCUGGAAUUUUCGUAGAGCAGUUUCUGUCACUGAUUGAUAUCCAGUCAUGGCUGGUACCUCUCAAGGGUUUAGCUUUUUCAGUUCAUGCUGAAUUCUUAUCUAUCAAGACCAACAAAUAGUAAGUAGAGCUAAAUGUGUAAGUCGUUGCAUCAAGGUAUCUCCAUUAUGGAUUUGCAUCUGAGUUAAUUUCACAGAACUGCAGGCAGAGGCAUUUCACAGGGAGAUACAGAGAGAGAAGAGGUGGUGGGAAACGAAGAUUGUAGAGCAAAAAAACAGGUGAGAAAUGGGUGAGGGAGAGGAAGCAGAGAAGCCGUGGGGCAGGAAUAGAGGGCAUGCAGGUGGAAAACAAUGUCCAGCUCUACUGGCAUGAUUUUUCUCUGCCAAGCCAUCUAUGGGGCAUGGGCCGCCCAUGAGGCUUAAAAUAAUCUCAAUGCUAAUUAUUUUAUUUAUCAAAUCAUCAGAUGUUCCCAUUAAGGAAGCAUGUGCAUGCUACAUGCCCUUCUCAAUACAUGUAAAUACUGCAGUUCCUUGUCUUGCAUCAAAUAUGCUGCUUAGGGGGCACAGAGGGGCUGCCCAAAGUCUUUGGUGCUGUCUUGUAUAUUUUUGCUAUCAUUGUUGUGACUGGGGCUUUGAAACCAAAUAUAUUUCCUUUCAAUAUCACUGGCACCUUUCUGUGUUGAAAGCGCAGGAACAUGUUAGUCAUAACAAGUAUUUUUAAAUUUCUUUCAUUUCUGCAAAUUGAAAAGCUUUGCUCCACUAUGCCACGUCUGUCACAAAACUAUGUUUCACACAAAAAUAAAGAAGAAAACAAAUGUAUGAAGUAAGAAUUGUUUUCUGCCUCGUUUACACCAGUUAUUUCUUUAAAAUUAAGUAGAAACAAUUCCAAUAUGUGUGUUUAAUAAAUUAACCCAAAAUUCUAUAGGAGCAGAGUUGUUUGACAGUUAAAAAAAUACAGAUCGCUGGUCCAGAUCUCACUGUUGCAUGCUGGAGACAGACUGACUUAUCUGGGGAACAAUUGUUCUUUUUGUUCUGGUGGCUCUUCCCUGACAUUAAUGUGUGUGUUGUUAAUUGCAAAGGUUCUGGACGAAAUGACAUCUCUAAUAAAGCUGGAAAUCACUCUGUGCUUUAAAAAUGGUUUGACUUUGGACGAAAGGAAAUAAAAGAGAACAAGACAAAAGCGCAAGGGUUUGUUUAAGAGCUAGUAUUUAAUCUCCUUAAGUAUUUUGUCUUAAUUGUUUAAAUGAACAUUAGGUUAGGACCAAAUUGCUUACCUAUCAAACAUUAUUUGAAUCUUAUAAUAGCUUUUUGCUUAUUAUAUCUGGGAAACUGACUAUUUUUUUCUUUGUGUCGAUAGCUUCUAGUUUACAAUGUUGUCUUUUCUGGAUGUGUUUAGAGGAAAUGAUUGAAUUUCAGGUGUUUGCACCAACGCCCAAAGGAAACCCAUGGCAAGGCACUGUGUCCCAUGGGACAGACCUGCCACAGCCUGGCCACACACAGAUACACUCCAAAAUUAAAGCAGUCUGUUUAAAAAGCAUCACCGCCUCCACAUGCUUGUAAAACGGUUUUCUUUUCAAUGUC